AUGGCUGCAUCUACAAGGACGACAGUGGCCUGUUUGGCCCGCGCUGCAGUCCAUAUCCCUGUCCGGACUGGCCCUGCAACGAACCUCGCGCCUCUCCUUGCAGCUAGACACUCUCCCCCUGUUCACCGAGCCAGUCCCGCCUGUUAUGUCCCUGUCCGCCAUAGCUCCCACUCGCCGUUGGGCGCCGUCUCCGCCAACCCGAGAAAGAAAGUCACCAUGCAGACCCUACGCAGUUUAUACAAGAAAGGCGAGCCCAUCACCAUGCUGACAGCGCACGACUUCCCCAGCGGCCAUGUCGCCGACGCCGCCGGCAUGGAGAUGGUUCUCGUCGGGGACAGUCUGGCCAUGGUGGCGCUGGGCAUGGAGGAUACCAGCGAGGUCGUCAUGGAGGAGAUGAUCCUACAUUGUCGGAGUGUGGCCCGCGCGGCCAAAAGUUCUUUCACGGUCGCGGAUCUGCCCAUGGGGUCGUACGAGGUGUCGCCGGAGCAGGCGGUGCAGUCGGCCAUCCGCAUCGUCAAGGAGGGGCGCGUGCAGGGCGUGAAGCUGGAGGGCGGCGCGGAGAUGGCGCCGACCAUCAAGCGCGUCACGCAGGCGGGCAUCCCCGUCGUCGGCCACAUCGGGCUCACGCCGCAGCGGCAGAACGCCCUCGGCGGGUUCCGCGUGCAGGGCAAGUCGACCGCCGGCGCGUUGCGGCUGCUGAAGGACGCGCUGGCCGUGCAGGAGGCUGGGGCGUUCAUGGUGGUUCUCGAGGCGGUGCCGGCGGAGGUCGCGGCGAUCAUCACGAAGAAGCUGCGCGUGCCGACGAUUGGCAUUGGCGCUGGGAAUGGCUGCUCCGGUCAGGUCCUCGUGCAGAUUGAUAUGACGGGGAAUUUCCCGCCGGGGCGGUUCCUGCCCAAGUUCGUGAAGAAGUACGCGGAUGUCUGGGGGGAGGCGAUCAAGGGUAUUGAGCAGUAUCGCGAGGAGGUCAAGAGCCGGGCGUAUCCGUCGGAGGAGUAUACGUAUCCGAUUCCGAAGGAGGAGCUGGAGGAGUUUGAAAAGGUGGUCGACCAGAUUCACCAGUGA